AUGACUCGACCCGGAGCUCAUCUGACCCCGACGCAGGCCGAGGCUACGUGGCCCGCGCGUGCUCAGUCCGCCGAGUCGGCAGCGCCUCCCGCGCGCUCGUCGGCUCCGGUCGCGUCCCCUGGCGCCCUGGAGCCGCAGGAAAACUGCUGGUCCGCCUGCCAGGGCGUCCUGGGCUCGCUGAGUCCGGAGCUGCUGCUCGAGAUCUGCGCCUACUUCCAGACGCGCGCGUCUGGUGGCGUUUCCAUCGUCCUGCCGCAAAGACACACGCGACUUCGUGCGUGUGACCGGCGUCACUCUGGAGACGCGCGUUACAGUACGCCAUGCCCUACCCAGUGGUGGAAGGGUGGGACACUUUGUCUGUCAGGCUCCCGAGCUAACGCCAACCUGUGGGAAGGGCGGCAGCUCGUGGAGCCCAGCCUAGCUCUAGUCAAGGCCCUGGGCACCCAGAAGAACAGCACCCACAAGGGGGAUGAUCGCAGGUCUGGUCCGCAGGGCUGGGUGUGGUCGCUGGCAGCGCUGGACCACCGCGUGUGCUCCGGUUCCUGGGACAGCACGGUGAAGCUCUGGGACAUGGCGGCAGACGGGCAGCAGUUUGGCGAGAUAAAAGGCAAGGCGGCCGUGCUGUGUUUGUCCUACCGGCCUGACAUCCUGGUGACUGGCACCUAUGACAAGAAGGUGACCGUCUACGACCCCAGAGCGGGCCCGGCGCUGCUGAAGAGCAGGCGGCUGCACUCCAGCGCGGUGCUGGCGCUGCUGGCGGAUGACCGUCACAUCAUCUCGGGCAGCGAGGACCACACACUCGUGGUGUUCGACCGCCGGGCCAACAGCGUCCUGCAGCGACUGCAGCUGGAUUCCUACCUGCUCUGCAUGUCCUACCGGGAGCCCCAGCUCUGGGCUGGUGACAACCAGGGCCUGCUGCACGUCUUCGCCAACCACAGUGGCUGCUUCCAACUCGUCCGGUCCUUUGACGUGGGCCACAGGUCUCAGAUCACAGGCAUCAAACACUCACUGGGGGCCUUGUACACCACGUCCACCGACAAGACCAUCCGGGCUAAGCCUCGGAACUAG